AGUUUUCGUGUAUAUAAAUCCCGCACACGGUAUUCUGCUCUCUUGACGUUCAUUAUUCGGUCAAUUGGCUUGUAUGCUCUGUAUUCUGAUCUGAAAGGGCGUCCUUUACUUCACAAAUUGCAUCAACUGAUACCGCGCCCGUUUAAUUAAAUCCAAUCCACUACCCCGCAAGCGGACACUGGCAAUAUGUCUAAAAAGACUGUACUUCACCUGCGGAGUGAAACCAAGUUGUACGAGCAUAGAUCAUGUUUGACACCGUCCACCACCAAGGCCCUUAUUGACAGCGGCCGUUUUGAAGUUCACGUCGAACGCUCGCCCUCGAACCCAGACCUCAAGCGCAUUUUCGAUGACGAGGAGUUCGAAAAGGUCGGCGCUAAGCUGGUGGAGAACAAUUCAUGGCCUAAAGCGCCGAAAGACCAUAUCAUAAUUGGCUUGAAGGAGCUCGACCCAGAGUCGUGGCCGCUGAUUCACACACACGUUCAAUUCAGUCAUUGCUACAAGGGACAGGCUGGGUGGCAGGAAGUGCUGUCUCGCUUCCCCAGGGGCGGUGGCACGUUGCUUGACCUUGAGUUCCUCGAAGUGAAUAAGCGCCGAGUAGCGGCAUUCGGAUUCCAUGCUGGUUAUGCUGGAAGCGCUCUGGCGUUGAAGGCUUACGUUCACCAGCUGGAACACAACGGCGAGCUACUUCCGUCCGUCGCAACAUUCACCGACGGAAGAGGGUACUACGAAGAUGAGGGGCAGAUGCUCAGCCAGCUGCGAAGCGAGCUGAAGCGGGCAACCGAGAUCAAGGGUCGUCCGCCUACUGUGUUUGUCAUGGGUGCACUCGGUCGUUGUGGUCGUGGAGCAGUCAGUUUGUUCGAGAAGGCUGGUCUGCCAACAGAGAACAUCAUCAAGUGGGAUAUCCAGGAGACGAGCCAGAAGCAGGGACCGUACCAAGAGAUUGUGGACAGUGACAUUUUCGUAAACUGCAUCUACCUCUCCCAGCCUAUACCUCCAUUCAUCAACAAGGAGAUCCUCUCGCAGCCGUCUCGCAAGCUGUCGGUAAUCUGUGAUGUCUCUUGCGACACCACAAACCCUCAUAAUCCUAUUCCGGUCUACACAGUCAACACAGUCUUUACUGCCCCAACAGUGCCAGUAGAGCUGCCUAACAACGAAGGAUCACCAUUAAGUGUCAUCUCCAUCGAUCACUUACCCUCGCUGCUGCCAAGAGAGUCGAGCGAGGCUUUCUCGAAUGACUUGUUGCCUUAUCUAUUGCAGCUCGACAACUGGCAGAGUUCUGAUGCGCCGGUAUGGCAAGGCGCAAAUGAAUUGUUCAAGGCCAAGGUUGCAACCUUGCCAGAAAACAUGCGGCAGCUCGAGGUUACCGAGGCGUAGGGUCAAGGUCAUGUUGCAAAACUUCAUGAUUAGGUACGCAAGCAGUGAUCAAACAGUGUUCUAGACAAAAUUUAGCCAGUAUCGCAAGAUAACAAAAAAAAAUAUGAAUUAUGAAGGUUCCGAGUACGGUAUUGGGCACCCUCAUGUCAUAAAGUCUGUGCCUAAUUCUUCCAUACAACUUUACAAUGUACUGUCGAAGCAUAAAAUGAUAUCGAAAGUCCUACGCAUGGCCUUCACGUGUAUCCGUCCCUCAUAACUUUUUGAAGGGUAGGGGGCACAGCUGUGUACAACAAUACUGCGUUCGCUAGGCUGUAGAUUAUAUCUUAUUUUUUGCAAGGCAUUCAAACGGCU